GUUUGAAUGAUUGUCCCAGGUGAACCUCGCCGAGGAGUUCGACAUCCUACAGAUCGUGGGGGAGGGAUGGUUCGGCAAGAUCCUGCUGGUGGAACACAAGGUGACGGACACGGAGAUGGUGCUGAAGGCUCUUCCAAAACCUUACAUAUCCAUCAGGGACUUCUACCGCGAGUUCCACUACGGCCUGCAUCUGGCCGCCCACAAGAACAUAGUAACCACACAUGACGUGGCGUUCGAGACUGCGGGAUUCUACGUGUUCAGCCAGGAGUACGCGCCCCUGGGGGACCUCACGUCUAACGUCUCGGAGACCGGGAUCGGGGAACUGCACAGCAAGAGAGUGGCCAGACAGCUGGCGGCGGCGCUGGAGCACAUCCACUCCAGAGACCUUGUACACAGAGACGUGAAACUGGACAACGUGUUGGUCUUCAAGUCCGACUUCUCCAGAGUGAAGUUGUGCGACUUCGGCGAGACGCGGAGGGCCGGUACCUUGGUCACCAGGAGGAACGAGUGGCUGCCGUACUCGCCUCCUGAGGUCCUCAUCACGGCCACGGACGAAACGUACAAGGCAGAGACGUCCCAUGACGUGUGGCAGUUCGGCAUCGUGGUGUUCGUGUGUCUGACAGGAUGCCUGCCCUGGCAGAAGGCUGCCUUCGACGACCCAAGGUACACCCGCUACCUGCAUUGGCACGGCAGUAGUCAGGUGCUGAUGCCGGUCCGCAAGCCCAAGUUGUUCAAGCUGGUGUCAGCACGAGCUCAGCGAUGUCUCCGCAAGUUCCUGGAGCCCAGGGCCGACAAGAGGCCCCAGAGGCUGACAGAGUUACCGAGGUACCUGGAGGACCGUUGGCUCGCCAAGUCUUCCUUGGAUCGCCAGAGCGAGAUGAGCUACGAGGACGACGGUCUCUGCCCUUCCAUGUACAGUUUUCACAGCAGCGCUGAGGAGAAGAAUAAGCUCCUCUCGACACUUGUGGAAUACGGGAUAGAGACCACGGUCGACCGGAGUGCCAAGAAGGACAGGAUCAGGCAGUGGAUCCAGAGCAGCGUCAUCGAGGAGGACGAGGAGGAGGAGGAGGUGGGUCCUCCAGGAGGUGUGCCUAGGAGGUUGAAGAAUACAUCCAUGGAGGGGUCGUCGACAGGGACGGCGGGGACAGACAGCAGGUCGGCGAGCGCUUAGGUUCAGGCCUGAAACUGGAGUACGAUGAACGACAACUCCGGCAACGCGAAACUACGGAUCCGUCUAAUGCUACGAUUUAUGUUGUGUUUUUGUUAUACUACUGAACAAUUGAGAAAGAGUAGGCUAUAACCAUUUACAAUCAACAAUUUCGAUGCGAUUCGAUGGACCUUUGUUUUUAUCCUUACACUGGGGUUUUGAAACAAUGCGCAAUCCCUACUGACCUCGAUUGGAAAUCCCUACUUGAUUUGAGACCUCUGUACUAGAUUCGUUGAGAACUUUGACUUAUGUAUUGUUCUCUCAUUCAUAAUACAGUCUGAGCAAAGGAUUGAGCGAUGACUGGCAACCCAUGAUGUCAGAUCCCUUCAAUUCUCUCAUUUAAUUUAGGUCUUUUUGGUCAUAUUUUAGGGUAAUCAUAAAAAUAUACGCAGUACUGAUCGAAUCAACUCAAUACUAUGAUGUUCGCAGGGUUUUUUUCUGUAAUCAUACUUUGGGUUCAUGCAAUGGCAUAAUACACGUUUCACAAUCACUGGGAAAUCACACACACAAUCACAAUCACUUGCUUUGUUUCCGCUACAGAGUAUAUCAGUAUUACCGGGUUUGCUAUAAAACAAGAUUAAGUAAAUCAAGAAUCGCUUGAAUAUAAAAUGAAGUCUGUCAAAUGCAACCUGUAAAUACGCGCUUUAACAGAAGUGUAUUGUGUAUUGGGUUGCUCUUACUCAUUUACCAGACAUUACUAUUUUAACAGCUCAUUUCAUAUUUCAUAUAACUAUUCAUAAAUUGGAUAGUUUGAAUAAAAUGAAGUAAUUUUGCUACCACUUGGAUACAAGUAAGCAUGGCAACAGUACGCCAAUUGCCUUCGCUGAUGUUCAAUGCAAAAUCUAUAGCUCAUUACAUUAUUGACCGUUAGAAGGACAGACUACCAUACGGAAAAGAACUUUGUAUAUAUCCCCGGCAAGCAAAAGAGAAAUUGUGGCACCCUACUUCAGUAGGGCUUCAUAGCCCUAAUGCCUAAUAGGCUUCAACGACGCUCAACCAAAUUCCAUGGUUGUACAUGUACCAGAGAACCCAUUCUCGUCUAUGUGGAAAUCAUGGAAAGUUUCAAUCUAUAAGGCAGUGUUUAUAUAAUAAAAUUCUACACACCCAGUCACCAUAAAAUUAUGUUGGAUGUUUUUGGAUGAUUAAACUACAUGUCUUACUGCGUCACAUGUUCAAAUCUCUUUUGAGUUUAAUGAGUUUGAUUACAAAUUUAUUUGUUCUGCUAUUUUCUUGUUGCCGUCAUGGUUACCUAUAAGAAGAAUGUAAAAUUGUUCGCUAACGUUCAGCCACAUCCCACUAUACUUCACCAUGAAGUGACUUUCACUAUACUCAAACUCAGUGUUCUUUAUAUAAAAAUGAAACUUCAUUCGCUGUUUCAAGUCUAGCUCAGUUCGUUUUAAAGAUAUCGUGCGAACAGCAGACAUAAAUGCAAUAUUUUCGAGCCCCACGAGUGAAAUGCUUCGCCAACGUUCAGCCAAUAAGACAAUUACCACUUUUUGCUGAGCAAUUGCUUAAGACUUUGGAAAGCAGUAAUUAUUGGAUAAAAUGGGACGAAAACCGUUAUUGCUAAGAACAUUCUUAAACUAAAAUUUUAGUAGAGCUUCAUAGAACUUCAUUUCAUUCACACUACCCAUUAUGUGAUUACAAUUACAACAAAUUAUAAUAAUUGUUUGUGCCCUUGACUUCACGCCUCACAGUUUGUAUCGGUACAGCCUAUGUAGGCGUAAUAUGUUCCCUAAGACCACUUACUUUUAAGGUAGUUUGUAGUUAUAACUCUUUUUGUACAUAGAUAAUUUUUCAUUAUAUUAUAUGUGUGCCACAUGUUGAAAACUAUUUUGUGUUGAUUUUUUUACUACAAGAACUCUGAAGAAGUUAAGCAGUUUAUAGUAUCUUCAUUGCGCCAAUACUUAAAGUCUGUAGGUCUUAUGGAUGUGUGUUAUUUUGUCACCAUUUAUUUUUAAUUCUACCCCUUCUUUUCCAAUUUUUUCUAUAAGUCAUUAUCAUCGAAACGUUUUUGUUUAUCGGAUAGUAUUUUUAUUUUACGUAUAACGGAUAUGUUUAUUGAUUUACCCAAUGAAGUAGUUAUUGAAGUCUUUAAAGCAAUAGUACAGAUACAUUCGUAGUCAAAUAUGCACUGUAGGUUUUAAUAACAUAUUAGUGAAUUGUUAUUGUACAAAAUACCACGUUAUAGGAUGCUUUUAUUUUUCACUUUCUGUGGAAAUGUUUGGCCUUCUCCUUUGUAUUCAAUAAUUAUAAUUUUCUAAGUUAAUACAGUCAUUUUUAUCUCUUAGAUUUCUUGCAGUCAUGCUAGUAAUUAUUUGCUUUAAACAUGGACAGAUAAAAUCAUUUCAAAUAUGAAAACUUUGUACAACUUAAAUUUGGGAAAUACAGAUCCAAAAUGUACGUCUAAAACUAUGAAAACUUUAUAUAUUUGGGCCAUUAUAUAUACUUGUGUAAGCCAUUUUUUCAACUGAGUUUCUUAAAACUUCGCAGAAUUUUCUUUUUUACACGGUUUAUAUUAUUGAUAAGUUUGUUGUUCGGCCUUUAUGGAAGUUAUGGAGAAUUUAAUAAGAUAAGAAUUUAUUUACAAUCAUUAAAUAAUUUCUUGUUUUUUUUUAGAAAAAUAGUUCAGAGAGCUUAAGGAAAUAACAGUGAAAUAAAUAAUAAUAUAUAAUUUAUGUUUUAUUAAAUAAUUGACGUCGAUUCUGUAGCCGGUAAGGACAUUAACAAUAACACGUAGAGGAAAUGAGAAUUGUGGUAAUAGAUCAUUUUUUAUAUAUUUUUUUAUUAUAAUAAAAACCACGUUUAAAGUAAUGAGUUAAAUACAUUAGAUGUUUAUUUUCAUAUUGAUCAGUUUAUGCUAUUCGUGUAUUUGUAAACUGAAGCCAUAUGUCUUAGUCUAUGUUUGUGAAAUUCAUGUUCACGUAGUGAUUGUUUUUUAUCUGCAGAACACAUUUUUCAAAAGUUACUUGACUCUCAUUUUAUAGGACAUGCCGUUUUGGUUUAGAAAACUACGUAUCGCAUGAGCUUACAAAAUAAAGAAGCUAUCAUACAAAUUGGUUUGCUCAUACAAUUCUGGAAAUCAAACCUAAUUUUAGUUGCUUGGAUAUAUAUUAUAGACGUUUUAAUGUGACGUCAUUGUUUUAUUUAGUAUCUUACCAAUAUGUUUGUUAUUUUGUUAGAAUAAGAUUGGAAUUUCUAUGCAAAUCAUUUUAUGAAAACUGAUAUUUUUAAUGUCAUCUAGAUCUUGCAUUUUACAAGUAUUCAUGUUCAUUAGUCAAAAAAUUGUUCUGUGUCGCUCAUUAGAAGCUUGCUCUAUUUCUUUCACUUUAGGUUUUAUAUCUAUGUUGUUUUAAAAGGAGUGCUAAAUGCAAAUUCAUACAUAAAUAUAAUAUUUGGACUCAUUCUAAUAAUUCACCACAUAAAGCAUACAAUAUAUAUAUAUAUAUAUAUAAUUUUCUCACCUGUUUUAUACAUUUGUAUAUUAUAAAAAAUAAAACCAUCACAAUAUAUUUUGUAUUCCAGGAGAGUUCACACGCCACUUGAGUUGAAUUUUAUAUGCAUAAUUGUUCAAAAGAUGUUUAGUAGUUUGAGUUUAUGUUUAGUAGUUAUAAUUUGUAAUGUAAAUUAAGUUAUGCAUAAAAGACUGAGAACUUUCAAGUUCACCACCCUCUGAUGCGCUUGUAGGUUGAAUAAAAAUUGAUUAUUCUUGA